AUGAUUGUGAAAAGCAUUUUCCUUUUUGUCGUCAUUUCUAUAAAAUCAGGUUCUUCAAUCGGUCUCAAUCCAAACGUUCAAACUUCGUUAGAGCAGCCCUCUGAUGGUUUGAUGUUGGAACCAGUCUUCCAAUGUGUAUUCAACUCAUUAACAGAUGAAUUUUUGUAUGAUGUUCAAUGGUUUAUUGAUAAUAACGAAAUAUUAGAAGCAGAGUCACGUGAUGUUCAUUUCAGUAACGUGAACACUACGUCAUUGAAACCCCACCACUGGUCAGGGAAUUACAGCCUUAAUUUCAACGUGUCUUGUUCUGUGAAGGCUAAAAAUAUCACCUCUGGGAAUACCACUCUGUAUAGCAGGAGCUCCAACUUUCUGGCUGGAAUAAUUCCAGAAUCAUUGGAAUAUUUAGUUAAGGAGGGUGACUCGGUGGAAGCCUCUCUGACGAGUUCGUUACCUCUGAGCUGUCCUACGUCAUUAAGUGACGCCAUGAAGAAGGUCAACUGCAGGAUGACCCUGAAUGUUUGGACUACAACUGAGGAAUCCUGGGAAACUUGCAGAAACGGACUGGCAAUGGGAGAUUUACUACUGAAUAACAAUGCAUGUUCAGUGUCUCUUGAUUUUAAUGAAAAUGGAAAUACGACUGUUGUUUUCAACAUAACUGGAUACGUUGACGGGAUGAUAAAUUAUAAAAAUAAAACCAGUUACGUUCGAUUCAGUAUAUCUCCUUAUCCUCAUGACAGUUAUGGAAUCUGGGAAAAUAUCAGUAUUCCGGAAAUUAAGGUUUUUGUUUUCGACAGUGACAGUCUGGUGGCCCGGAUGUUGUGUACAUCUUAUAACGAUCCUCAUUUGACAACAUUUGAUGGAAAACAAUGGGACAACCAAAGGCCAGGAGAGUUUAUCAUGUAUAAACACAAAUAUCUACCAUAUUCAGUAAAUGUGUUGUUUUCUUCUUGUGUUGCUGGGUACGCUACGUGUAACUGUGGUGUUGCAAUCAGAAGCAACUUCAGUCUAUAUGUUGUCAGGACAUGUGCUCAGGUCUCCUUCAGGGAGACCGAGUUGUUAACUGUACCGUACGAGAAACUGACUCUUAACAGAACCACUGAUUUACACAUAGCCAAAUCGGGAGGUCUCUUUGAGGUCACACUCCCAAGCGGAACACGAGUUUCAUUCGAACUCUCGUAUGACAAUUCAUGGAUUUCUAGUGUACGGGUUCAAGCAGGUAUCCUUGAUAUCGGGAACAGCGAGGGCAUGUGUGGAUUAGCUAAUGGAGAGCAAAGCGAUGAUUUUAUACCCAGACAGGGAAAUGUCUCCACAGACAACCAUACAUUUGCCUUAUCUUGGAGGAUUCCUUUAAAAUCCAAGGAGAGCUUGUUCUCUAAUAAUUUGUCCCUCUUAACAAGAGUUGGUAAUUACCAUCCAGAAAGAUACAGUCAGUGUACCCGAGGACCUAAUGGAUCCGGCAAUCCAAACAUACACAACCUCUCUAUACCAAGUAUGCUUUGUAUAGAGGGGGAGUCAUUCACAGCGAAUCUGUCCAUACUGUCCAAUCGAAAUGUUAAUGGCGACUUUGCAGAUCCACUUUCUUACGACCCAGAUUAUAACGAGACAGAAAGUCCUCGGGCAUCAGGAUGGACCAAUGGAUGGACAGAAAUUUCUGCUCGCACAUUUUGUGAGAAUUCUUUUAUUAAUGACGCUGCUGUCGAUAUGUGCGAAACAAGGGCGAGUGUAUCCUCAAGUUCCUAUGUGGAGAGUUGCAUAGCUGACAUAAAGCUUUCAGGAAAUACAACGUAUCUACAAGAUAGUUUAAAGACUUUCAAAGGUGCCUGUUUAGCGGCAGUGAUGCAUGAUGAGACAUAUUACGUAAACAAAACAUCAGAUGGACGGUUUCUUGUCGAAGUCAUCACAUCUUUUCUUUGUCCACAGAAUUGCUCUGAACAUGGAAACUGCACAAAUGCUAGGUGCGCCUGUUUUGAUGGAUUUGUUGGUAGUGACUGUUCCACGCCGACCUCCACCCCUCCCGAUGUCUUUAUCCUUCCUUUCCACGGCCAUUGUGAUACAAACUCCGGAUCAUGUCAGAAAAUCGACGUCAUCGGAUUCUUCCAUUCAGAGCAUAUCUGGGCAAACUUGUCAUGCUUCGUGAUAACAACAAAUGGAUCGAUUACAACGACCACUGUCUCCGUUAUAAAAUCAACAUAUCAUCACUUCAAUCACGUGUCAAUAGAAUUACCCAUGACUCUCCACAACUCCCAAACCGAGGCUGCACGUGGCUGUAACAUCAGCUUAAGUUAUGACGGUGUUGUUUUUAGCAACGAACAGACAUUGUUAAUAUAUAACAAACAGAAAUACAGUUGUGACUUAGGAAGUCUGACUUGUGAAGAAAAAGCACUAGACACAAGUGAUCCCGACGAAUCAGAUAGAAUAGUUUUGAUAGCCGCCUUAGUGUCUUGUUUCUCUAUUGUACUGAUUUUCACUGCAAUACUUGUGGUGAACAAAUGCAAAAGCUAUUUCCCAUGCGCAUCAAAGACAUCAAUGAUACCAAGCCCCCCUCCCCGACAACACUCCAUUAUCCCCCAGAAGAAGAAAACUAUAAAAUUUGAUGAAAACACCGAUUUUUUUAACAAUUCAAUAAUAUCCAGUCACCCACCACUACAGCAGCAAUGGACGGAGAAACGAAAGCCAUCGUUCAGCUUUAAAUCCAACGGCGUUUAUCCACAACGUCCUCCCACUAGUCAUUUCAUGCAGAGCGAUGAUGGUUUUCUCCAAAAUGAUUGGGAAAGUUUUGGUCAAUCUGCCCCACGGACACACAGACUACCCCCUAUAGGAAUGCGACCAAACGAUGUUUCCGUUCCAUCGAUACCUCCCAGACGACAGGAACUGCCGCCAUUAAGACGUCAUCCCCAAUCUCCUCUUUGA